AACGCGAUCUGCGUCAGGAUGGGCCAAACAAAGAUCGCGUACCAGAGUUAGAGUGCAACAAUGUCCAACGAGUUGACCGAGGUGUUCGUGGGCCUGAGCAGCGAUAUUCUGGAUGAUGGUGUCGUGCUCUUCCCAAAUGACAGCAUCCUGAACAUCUCCAUCAAGAUGGCUGCCCUGGGCUCGCUUCCAUCGAUCACCCACAUCCUCCGAGGCCUGGUUCCACACCAAGUCCUUCACGCCGAGCCCGAUGCAACCAAGACCCACAAGAUCUGGUUCUUUGAUGGGCUCCUCUGGAAGCAUGUGGAUCUGGACUACGCCCUGACCAAGCUUCUCACUGAUCCCCAGGGCGCCUUCCAGGGGUGGGUCGAAGUGGUUCGAGCAAGGUAUGCCAGCUCGAACAAGCUCAAACAUGCCAAGGAAGUGGUCAAGGAGAUCAAGCACACUCUGGGAAUCAUCCCAGACAUCAUCAAAGACAGAUACAGAUUCCUGCCUGGCCUCAAGGCUCGUCGGGUCAAUGCUGGUGACUGCUUCACCCACUCGCUUCCAGUCUCGUACGUGGUUGACGACUUUUAUUGUGGCGUCGAUGGCAAAGUCUACAAGCUGGAGGAGAUAAUUCGCUCGAUGCUGGGCAAGAGCAGUGAUAGAGAGUACCACUUGCUCUUGCGCUUCCUUGUCAACAUGCCUCACCGCCAAAUCUCGCACUUCCGAGUCAGCUCUCUUCUUGGUGGGGAACGACCAAAAUCAUGGCAAGCGCCUGCUCCUGCGUCUGAUCCAGCAUGCAUUGGGCUCGCGCAUCCUGAGCGUCCCAGGCAAUAGGCUGGUCUCGCGGAUCAACCCUCCCAGCGGUGCCCAUGUCAAGGAGCUUGUGACCGAGGCCCUGGACGCUGGUGCCACCUGCAUUCUGGGCGAAGGACUCAAGAGCUCGCAAUUCAUCGUCAAGACCAGCCAUAUACCCUACUCUCACAUCAGUCACC